CAGCUGAUUUGGCUGCAGUUGGUCCAAAAUUGCUGCUGCACUGCAUCCGUUUUAACUACUACUACAAGGAUUCAAGUGGUGCCAGCGAAUGUCAGAGAACCGUCGACGCUUCCGCAAUAAAAAGCGGGACGAUGCACGUCAGGGAGCAGCACCGUCGAUUCCCGUGACGAUUGCACGUCGCGAGGAUGCACGCAGCACGGUUGUGCAACCCAAGAUACUGUUGAAAAAGGAGGCAGAGUGCCAUACAGCCAGUGGCAGCAGCGGCAGCAACAACGAGAUUCUCACCUCCAUCAAGACGAUCAUCAUCAAUCGCAGCGAUGCACGCGGCAGCAGCGAACGUGCUAGCGGUGGCAACAACAACAACAACAUUACAAGCGGCCCGUCCAACACAACGACAACAUCCACGUCUGGUUCCUCCUCCGUGUGUGCUGCUUUAGCGGGCAGCAGUUACACACCAUCCCCGGUGAACAAAGAGAAAACCAAUGGCACAACUGCAGCUGCUCCUCCUACAGCUGCUGCUGCUUCUGUGCCGGAUUUACAGCUGCCGCCGCGCAUGACACGUCCCACCUCGCUGCUCAUCUCGAACGGCGUCUACAAUACAAAUGCUCGCAAACUGUUCCACAAAACCAACACAGACUUUACGGUUAUUGGUGUUUUUGGAGCCCAAUCUGUGGGCAAAUCGACGCUGCUCAAUCUCUUAACCGUGGAGCGGGAUAGCGACUAUGAUUACUAUCAGCAUUUGUUCUCAACGGAUGCGGAUGAUUGCAUAUUUCCCAUAAGACAUCGUGGCAAGCAACAACAACAGAACUCAAAGCGAGCACGUACAGAAUCCUUGCAAUUCUUCAUCACCCGCGAGCGUUAUGUGCUGCUGGAUGCAGCAUCCGUAUCCAGCAAGGAAACGGAUCAUCUUGAACUGCAAACAAUGUCUACAAUGAUGCAGCUGCUCAGCGUUUGUCAUGUGCUGCUGCUGGCUUUGGAUGAGCUGAGUUUGGAGCAAUUGCGUCUAUUAAAUGCUGCACUGCGUCUGCGACCGCGUGCUCCAUUCAAAGGCUAUGUGGAUGGCUAUCUGCCCCAGCUGAUGUUUGUGCGCACACGUGCCCAGCGUCAACACUUUGAUGCCAAGUGGCGGGUGGACUUUGACAAGCAGCUGGAGCUGCUCUUUAAUGACACUGGACUGUCCAUGCAUCGUGGACGUGGCGAUGCACGUGUUGUCAACAGUUUUCUGCUGCCCGAGGUGCAGCGUAAUGGUGCAACUGCCCAUCAUGCCAGUCUCUUUGAGUUGGUGCGCCAAUUCCGGGAACGUGUGCUCACCAUGGUUCGCCAUCCCAUCUGCCAUUGCAAUGACUUUACGGAGCUGCUCUGGUUCGAGCUGCUCACGGAAACCACACGCAAAUGCAAUGCGAGCAGUCAACACUUUGAGAAGAUUCUGGUCGAGAUCAAGCAGCGUCAUGUGGAGUCGCGUUCCAAGUGGCGCAACGAUGCCAACUGGCGCAACGAAUCCUGAGAUACCAGAUGACGUUACAAAUCCAUAUUUAUACAUAUAGAGAUAGAUAUAGUUAACUAAAGUUAGAGAUUAUAUUCGUAUCUUUUGUAAAAGCAUAUGCUGCAUUGUUAUUCAUGGAGGAGCAGCUGUUUUCCAGUUUAAAUAUAGAAAAAUUGCUGUUAAAGGAGCAACAUAUUGCUAAAAGAAUCCACUGACAACAGAUUCAUUGAGGGAUUAGCUUAGCAGAAGGCAUUUAUUCUUAAAAAAAAUAUGUAAAUAAAUAUGUGUCCUGGGAAAGUAAGGAUGCAUUUGCAAGUGCUGUCAAAGAUUUCGACUACGCUUAGAUUAUAGUUUAGGAUUUUAUUAAAUUAAAAUCAGAAUGCAGGCAUAUUGCUGUGUGAAGAGGGAUUCUCUCAGAGAUUUUUUUCAGAAAUUAACUUGAUGAAAUAAAUAAAUUCUUAAGCUGAGCUAAUUUUCCACUCUU